AGAAAAUUUAAUUAAGUGUUGUUUUGACAAGUAAAUCUAGCAAAAUUCCCAAUUUGUUUUUUAAAUACUCAAAAAUUAUGCAUAAAACCAAAAAGGAUGUAGAUGCUAAAGUUCGAGUCGCUUUAAACAAAUUGCGUUCAGAAUCUGAGCGUAAUCUACGGGGCUUUCAGAUAGCCAAAUUGUACUACAACAUCAAGGAGCUGGCAACAGCUGAACAGUAUUUAUGUUCAUACUUGAGCGUCAAAAAGGACGACGCAGAUGCACAUAGACUAAUGGGACAAAUAUAUAUACGGUUGAAGAAAGAUGACAAAGCUUUAGAAUCGUUUCAGCAAUCGCUGGAAUUGAAUGCAAAACAAGCGGAUGUUUUGACUGAAGUGUGUAAACUAUUAUUGGAGGAUAAAAACUUAAGUUGUAAAAAAGCAAAAUAUUGGUGUGACUUAGCUGAGUCGGAACACGUUCAAAACGAUACUAUUCUUGCGCUACGUUUGAAAUUAACGAAACAAGAUAGCUUCGAAAAUGAUCAGACGGAGGCAUUACUUCAAAAGGAAAUCGAAGCACGUCCCAAUUAUGUUCAGCUGCGUAUAUAUUUGGUGCGCUAUUAUAUGGAUCAGAAUCAAAUAUUCAACGCUUUUCAAUAUGUACACCAAGUGGAGAAACUCCAAAAAGAUGAGUUUAUUAAUAGCAAUGAGUGGUAUAAUACGGUGUUUUUAGUGCUAAGCAAAUAUGAACAGCUACCGACUGCUAAAAAGGAUUGGGAGUUUUGGCUAUUAUUGAUCAGCUGUUUAGAGCGUCAAGUUCAAAUUUCCUUUACCCUAAACAAUAGUGCAGUCUCCACAUCUACUGGCCUUAUUGAAUCUACGAAUUUCCUUUUUAAUUUGGAUCAAUAUCUAUUCAAAUUUUCUCAAAUUCAUGAAAUGUUGUGCGUGCAAAAAGAAAUGGUCGAGUUGUUGCUUCAUCAUUAUCGUGGUCAAUUUCUAUUGCACACGAUUGCUUUGAUCUUUAAACGUGAAUUGAUGUUGAAUAAGCAAAGAUGGAGAGAAACGGCCAGAAUUGUGUUGCCACUAUUAUUACUGGCCUAUCAAGUGGAGCCGCGGCAAAAUAAAGAGCCAUGGAUGAAACAUUGUGACGAACAUGGUACGCGAUUAAUAAUUUUGUGGCAACGUGAGGGCUCAUUUCGUUGUGCACAGGUUGGCCGCACAUUACUUUCUUACGUGAACGAUCGAACUAUUGUUGAUAAAGCGAAAUCUUCGCCACAUAAUCGUAGCCGUUGUGAUCUGCUUGAUCAAAUUCGCCAAAUUUGCUCUGAUGGCCAAUGGCGUCGUAAUAUUUUCGCGGCAUUGUUUUGCAAUAGCGAUCAAAAAUCAAAGGAACAAUCGUCAUUACUAAUCAAGUGUCCCAAAUUCUACGAACCUGAAUAUGAAUUGCCCUCUGUGGCUGACAUAGAACGCUACGAAGAAGACGCUCAAUUCUUGCGGCCGCAAUCAUUACAACACGCAACAUAUUUGUGUUUAUGCAAUGAAAAUCUGGCUUCUGUUCAUGCUCGUUAUUUCAGCGGUUUGAGUUUUUCCACAAAGAAUCUAAACGUGUGUAGCGCCGAAUCAUUGAACCAAUUGGAUAUUGACAGCUUUAUGUAUGCAGCUGCAAUUCAAGCAAAACGUUCUCUUGAAGUUGAACGUGAAGCGUAUGAGAAUUAUCAUUCGGGAAAUUCGAACGUGAUUGGAAAACCAUAUAUAUUGCCCUUCGUUUUGCUGGAAUCGCAAUUAUGCAGCGAUAAUCAGGCGCAAUGGUGGUCUGCGGCUUAUAAGGUAUACAAAAAUCUUAGCAACGGUACCGAUUUGGCUGAAUUACGAGGCACUCUUCAGUACGGUAUUGAGGCGAUACGGGGUGUCAACGGACCAAAAUUUGAUAUGGCCAUUGUGUUCAAACUUGGCCAAAUUUUCAUCGAGCGAGUCAGUAGUAAUAUAAAAAAGGGGGAAAAAUGUUUAUUAGAAGCCAGAGCAGAAUCGAUAUGCAAAUAUGGUUUAAAAUUGCUUAAAAUGCACAGAAAGGGAUUGUUGGAAGGAGUCCCUAAGUACUUCACAUAUGCUAAAUUUGGAGAUGUUGAAAAAGAUUUAACUAAUGCCGCAGAGGAUGCCACUUCCUACUUAGCUGGCCGUUACUUUGAAAGAAAAGAAUAUGAAGAAUUGAUUGAAGAGUUGACAGGGCUUCAAUUACCAUUUGCUUCGUACUGGCAAGCGGAAGCCUAUCGCAAAUUAGACCAGACCAGCAAAACACCCAAGAAAAUGAAGCGCUUGUAUUGGGAGAAAACUGGCGAAUGUCUCAAACAGACUUUAACCUUGUUAAAGAGCCCAAACGCUGAUCCGAAUCACCGCCUGAAUUCAAUUAUUCACGAUGAAAUCAGAAUGCCGCAUCUAUUUAAUGCUUCUCAUUUGAAUGAAUCUUGCGCAGAAGUUUAUUUUAGCCCACAGAAUAACUCGAGUAUUUAUCACGACGCAGAGGACGUCUUCCACCGCAGACAAAUCGAUACUCCACCUCCACUAUCUGCAUUAGGAAGCUCGCAACGAGGUCGUCGGCGCGAUACAACGACGUCAACGGAGUCUUCGAAAGACGCAGAUAAUACAACGGAAUGUCUAAUUAAACAAAUGUCGUCCACAUUGAUUCUCCUCAAAAAGGAAAUUUUAGAAGACUUAAAGCCUGAAUUACAAAGAGUUAAUAAGGAAAUUGUUUUAAUGAACGAAAAAAUUACUGGUUUGGAGCAAGCGUUAAAAGCAGCAGGCAAGUCAACAAAUCCACCAUCACGUGAUGAAGCGUUGAAUAUGUUAGAUGAUUUUUACGUCAUUGAUGACGCUUUACAGCAACAAUUAUAUCAGCAGCAACAGGCACAAGUGUCUACUUCUCAUAUCCUAUCGAGUCGUUACAAUUCUGGCAAUAGCGGACUUGGCGGUUUUAUAGGUAGUAAUCCAGUUGCUGAGGAUCAGCCUCGUUUGCAAAUGCCUGCGCCUGUGCAAGUGCAAGCAAAUGGUUUCAGUAAUCCAGUUCCCCAACCUGCCAACUAUCCAGUAAACGUUUAUGGUCACAAUCAGUCAAACGCUUACUUAAUGCCUAUUGUUCCAAGUCCUAUGGUUGCUCAUAAUGACGUAUUGCUGCCCACAUCAACUUUACAGGUUAAUAAAUCUGUGGGCGUUCAGCCGAUUGAAAAUGGUCCACCUGCCAAUGUUGUUAUUUCAUAUUCAGCUCCCUUGCCUAAUACAAACAGCUUUAGCUUGCAAUCGCGACAACAGCCUACAUUAAGUGUAACUAUUCCGCCGCACCAACUUAAAGCUAACAACACAACGGAUAGUCAGAAUUCGGAUUCGCGAGGAAGCAUUAUAUCAAUGCUUAACAAAAACCUCACAUCUGCAAAUACAACGAGUAAAAGUACAGCUCAAAAUGUCGCUUCUACGCCAGCUUUAGGCACAAUUGCUGCGUUUAGCUUUAAGCCUCAAACAAUAACAGCAGCAGCUGCUGCGUCUACCAUCCAUAGCAAUAAGGAACAAAAUGAACAAAAUAGAACAAUAGACAGUUCUUGUCGCGAUGCAAAUAAAUCGGAUGCUCAUCGACAAGUUGAAUGCAAGCCUUUGACGGAAUUUAAAACUACUACACCGUCAUCGGAUGAAACUGUUUUACAUACAAGAGUAGAAGCUGAAGAGGUUACAUUUUCUUAUCGAGCGAUUUUGUUUCAUCAUAUAGAUAACGAGUGGAAGGAACGGGGAAUUGGUGAUAUUAAAAUUGUAAAAGAUAAGGAAGGUACAUGUCGUAUACUCAUGAGAAACGACCACACCCAGAAUAUAUGCGCCAAUCAUAACCUUACAUCCGAGAUCUCACUUACAAUUCCUGAAAAUGAAACGAAAGGUUUUAUUUGGGCGGCUAAAGAGUCCGCUGACGGAUUGCUACGCACAGAAAAGUAUUUCGUGCGAUUUAAAACGGCCGAAGUAGCCGCAAAGUUUGAAGAAGCGUUUAAAAAGGCCCAACAAGAAGAGAGCAAAUUAAAAAAUCACGCUUCAAUAACAAAUGCCCAGACAAAUGCGCCGGCAAUUCCGAUAAUGCCCACUGCUGCUUCAAGUGCACAAGCCUGCAGAAGCGAAUGUACAUCGUCCGAAUCAAAUCCGUCACUCAUCACUGCAGUUGAGCCGUCGAAAAUGUCCGCAAAUAAAUUUGCGGAAUUUUCCAAUUUUAGAGUUGGUAAGUCGAUGACAAGCUUUGGAAUUUCGCCAACCGCCAUUUUUCCACCCACGGUCAACAAUUUUUCAGCUUCACCAUUUGCCAGUAUUUUUAAUAAUUUUGCUAGUCCUCCGUUUAGUGCGGACAAAGCGAAUCUAACUAACGCAACUUUAACGCCGAAUUGCAAUAAUGUACCCAAUGAUUUACUGAAUAAUCCAACUGCCAUAGCUCUGCCCGAUUUGAUUGAAGCUAAUACGGACGAAGAAACUGAAACUAUAUUAUUUGAACAGCGCGCCAAAUUGAUGCGUUACGAUAAAGAAGCAAGCGGAUGGAAGGAAAAAUGUCUGGGAAAUAUAAAAUUGUUGCAGAACAAAAACGAUCCAAACAAGUUGCGACUUGAAAUGCGACGCGAACAACCGCACAAUGCUUGCUGUAACCAACCAGUGUAUAAAACUACGGUUUUCAAAAGUGUGAAGAACUCUCAAACCACUUUGUCGUGGGUUGGGCAGGAUUUCUCCGGUAAAGAAACAGUCGAGGAGGUGCUGACAGUUCGUUUUAAAACGCCAGAAAUAUGCAAACAAUUCCAUGAUAUCAUACUUAAGGCGCAAAACCAAAUGAGUGCCGAUGAAGGAGUCUCAUCUUCACUGUCUUCUAACAAAAAUGAAAGUAAACCUGAAAACAAGUCUGAUGUAAUAGAUUGCAACGCAAAACAAGAAGGAUUUGGUGAUGCCUUUAAACCGAAACCUGGUUCGUGGAUUUGUUCGGUUUGUUAUAUCACUAAUGCAGCAGAUAAAUUGUAUUGUGUGGCAUGUGAGUUGCCUAAAGAGAACACAUUACUUUCGAAACGACCAACUUCAUCUAAUACUGUGCCAAACGUUAAAGCUACCUUCAACUUUGGAACCGGGCCGAAUGUAGCGCAACUGCAAUCCGCUGCAACUCCACGUCCCUUCACGUUUAGUAAAUCAAAUGCUAUUGCAAAGCCAACUACGAUCACUCCGGCCACACAAACCGCAGUUGGUAAAGAGAAAAUUCUUUCAGCUCCCGAAAAUUUUGGAGAUCAAUUCAAAGCAAAAGCUGGUUCGUGGACUUGUUCAAGUUGCUACGUUAUCAAUAACGACGGUUUAAUGUAUUGUAUAGCUUGCGAUGCACCAAGAAGUGACGCCGUCCUCGAAGAGGCUAGCAGUCAAAAUGCACCUAACAUAGAACAAAAUUUUAGCUUUGGCUUUAAAGUUCCCGACGAUAAUGAAGAGCAAGAGAACUCUAAUCUCGAUUUUACUUUUGGCAGUGGUUCUGUUGUCGCGACAAAUACUUUUACUUUUCCAAAACCGUUAGCCACUUCUUCUACUCUGUCUAGCAUUGGUAAUGUCGAUGCAUCAUCUAUGCCCGCUGCCUCCACGAGUAACACCGCUGAGACAUUGUCCGCAAAUACAACAGGAGCCAGCGGAGAAUCUGCACCGAAUGCUUUCUCUUUAACUCGAAAAGGAUUCACUUUCACUUUUAAACCAAAAAGCCCAGGAAGAUCUGUGAAGAGUCCCGUGAAAUUUGGCGGCGGGGAUGCUGAUGGCGGCGGGGAUGAGGAUGUUGAGAGAGAAUACCAUGAGGAAGAAGAAAACAAUACACACUUUACACCAGUGAUACCAUUGCCCGAGAAGGUUGAAGCGAAAACCGGCGAAGAGGAGGAGGAAAUCUUAUACAUUCAUCGGGCUAAAUUAUACCGUUUCACUGAUGGCGAAUGGAAGGAACGUGGUCUGGGCAAUGUGAAAAUAUUGCGUCAUCUGGUUACUAAAAGGCUACGCGUACUUAUGCGACGUGAUCAAGUGCUGAAAAUAUGUCUCAAUCAUGCUCUGAGUGAAGACUUGGAGUAUAAGCGUAAAGAUGAUAAAUCCUGGCUAUUUGCUGUCAACGAUUUUAGUGAGGAAACCAUGGAGUUACAAAAAUUUUCUUUGCGUUUUAAGAGCAAAAAAAUUGCCGAAGGUUUUGUGGAAGCUGUCAAAAAGGCAUUGGACGGUAGUGCAUUACCUAUAUUAGAAACGACUUGUGGCAGCGUUUCUACGGAGAAAUCCGUUACCAGAAAGCCACCAGCAAGUGCCUUUAAUAUUAGUGAAGAAAAUGAAAAAUUGGCCAAUGAGUUAAAGUUGCCACUGGAGUUUUUUGAAGCAAAACCUCCUUGCAUUGGUUGUCGGGGAUGUGAUGCGGAUAACUUCACGUUUAGUGCUAGCAAAGACAAUGAAAUCUUUAUCAGUCGAGAAGACACUAAACAUUGCACGUUACCCAUGGAAUUGCCAUCGUUGAUGUUAAUAAAGCAAAAUACAUUUUCAUCGGUCGUUUCAGCGGCGGCAACGACAAAAACUCCUAGCGCUUCAAUCAACUUUAAGAAAAAACUGGUGGAUGCAUUUAUAGCCAGUGAAAACAGUAUAGCGAAGACAAAUGAAAAUGUGACGGUUAAAAUUGAUGGGCAGGAAGGCCAAGGCUCCAGCAUCCUUUUCACUACAAAAUCACCUACCAUUGACGAGAAUAAAACAAUGUUUUCUGGCGCUGCUAAUAAUGUAACCUUUACUAUCAGCAAUAACACUCAAUCAACAUCAAUCUUCGGAGGCACUGGCAGCGGAGUGUCAGGCGCUUCUAUUUUCGGACAAAAAUCUUCAUUAUUUGGCGGCAAUACUUCGGUAUUCGGCGCUGGUGAUUCUAAUAAAUCGAUAUUUUCCUUUUCCGCGAACAACUCUAGCCAAAUUGCAAGCAACAGCUCUAUUUUCGGGUCAUCGUUCACCAGUUUUACAGGAUUUUCACCUAAUAAAACUGGUGGGAGCGGUGGAUAUGUAUUUGGAAGCACUGCAACCGCUACUGUUCAAAGCAGAGGUUCUCUUUUCGGGGGUUUCUCGACGGCAACAAGUAGUAGCACUGCAGAUACCCCAAAGUUUAUGGACUUAUCUAAAACCGCUACGGCGGCAAUAGAUUUUGCUACUUUGGCAGAAAAGGCUUCGAAGGAUGCCAAAAAUGACUCGCUUUUGGGUAAAGGGAAUACCAAACAUGCCCCUGGAGAGUUUAUAGGUCUUGUCAAUCACGACGCUUUCGCAAACUUUAACAAAAAAAUCCCAGAAAACCAAAAACCAAAUGAAAAGAGUAGCCCGGGAAAUACUAGUAAUGAUUCCAAGAAUAACAUACCAGGCGACGUUGACAGCGAAAAUAAAACCAGUGACGAGAACUACGAUCCGCAUUAUGAGCCAAUUAUUGCAUUGCCCGACGAAAUUGUUGUCAAAACUGGCGAGGAAGAAGAAUCUAAACUUUUCGGUGAACGAGCGUCUUUAUUCCGCUGGGACAGUACCAAUAAAGAAUGGAAAGAAAGAGGUGUUGGCGAAUUGAAAAUUUUAUUUCAUCGUGAUAAAGGAACUUAUCGUAUGUUAAUGCGUCGCGAACAAAUCCACAAACUGGUCCUAAAUCACAGAAUUGGUGCUGAUUUCAUUUUUAAUAACUUGGGUAAAAAUCCCAAAAGUUUCGUAUGGGCAUCUAUGAAUUACGCUGAAUCGAGCGAAGGUCUUUUGGAGAAAUUGGCUGUCCGUUUUAGUAAUGAGAAAUUAGCCAACCAGUUUAGUGAACAACUGAAAGAAUGCAUUGAAGCGUGUAAAAAGCGCAAUAACGAAAUUGAUUAGAUUCUUUCAAAUAAAUAAUCGUUUCAAUACACCUAAUUCCGUUUUUCCGUUUAUGGCGUCCAUAUCAUACGGUCCAGAAAACUGAAUCGAACUCUUUUGUUUACAAACAAGUUGAUUUCAAGUGAAAUGUUAAAAAACCGCUAAUUAUAAAUUCGUAUUUUGCUACCUAUUUGCGUAAGUUAUUUUCUGAAACGUAAAACUACCACGAAAACACAGAAUUGGGUGUAUAAAAAAAAAAAAAAUAGCUAUGUAUACCGUAGAAGAAAAUUGCCCAUUCCCCACUUUUGAAUAUAAUUUAAUUGAAACUUUAUGUUGUACCCGUUUUGGUAAUACUUUUUUUGUUCAAUUUUCAUCCGCUAUCAAACCUAGUCAGCAUAUAUUAAAUUAAAUGUUCAUUGUACAUUUAUAAAUUUUAUGUAUUUCCCUCUUUUUCCUAUGAAGUGUACCCAACGAUCAUUAUGUUAAUUAAUGCAUUCUUGUUCAUAAAAAAAGUUACGUUGAAUUCCGGAAAAUUUUUAUCCCAGUUUGUCUUUCUGGAAAAUUUAAAUUCAAUAAAUAGCAAAGAAGCAUUCCAUAUCAAAUAAAAAUGAAAAAACGAAAAUUGCUUAUUGCAAGAAAGGAACUCAAAUUAAAACGGCAGAUAAUGCUUUGGAAUGUUAGUUUGUAAGAUGGUUAUACCGUACACCACCUUCAAGCUCCCAGAAACUAACUAGGCUUAGACAACUUCGUAAAUUUCAGCUAACUUUGGAAUGUUCCGAUGUCGAUGCCACCACAUCGUGUCGGUGUGGCGGUGAUGGAUGAAUUAAUGUAUCCUGUUCUUAUCUCGUACGCUCUUAACUACACAUGAGCAUAUACUUUAAGUUGUAGGUAGUUUUUUUUGUGAAUCA